AUGCCCCGGAGGAAGGCGGCGGCGGGGCCCGUGUGGGAGGCCGGCAACGGGACGGCCCGCGCGGCCGGCAGGAAGCGGCCGGGCCCCGGGCCGAGGAAGCGGAGCCGGCCCGAGCGCGGGGCCGGCGAGGGCAGCAGCGGCGGCGGUGGCAGCAGCGAUGAGGACGGGCCCCGGGAGCUGCUGCUGGCGGCGGCCGAGCUGGACGGGACCCCCGGCGGCAAGAGGGCGGCCAGGCCCGGGCCGGGCGGCGGCCGAGCGGGAGGCCAGGCCGUGAUCAUCAGCGAGCCCGAGCACAGCAAGGAGCGGAUCAAACUCGAAGGGUCCAAGUGCAAGGGGCAGCUUCUGAUAUUUGGAGCAACCAACUGGGACCUGAUUGGCCGUAAAGAAGUGCCGAAGCAGCAAGUGGCUUACCGUAACCUGGGCCAGAACUUGUGGGGGCCUCACAGGUAUGGGUGUCUCUCAGGGAUUCAGGUACGGACUGUGGUUUCGGGACCAUGUGCAGCUCAUAGUCUGCUCAUCACCGCAGAGGGGAAGCUCUGGAGCUGGGGUCGUAACGAGAAAGGGCAGCUGGGGCAUGGAGAUACCAAGCGCGUGGAGGCUCCCAAACUCAUUGAAGUUCUCAGCAACGAGGUGAUCGCAUCAGCAGCUUGUGGGCGGAACCACACGCUCGCUCUGACAGAGAGUGGCUCUGUAUUUGCAUUUGGAGAGAAUAAGAUGGGACAGCUUGGUCUUGGCAAUCAGACGGAUGCAGUUCCAAGUCCCACUCAGAUAAUGUACAAUGGCCAGCCUAUUACCAAAAUGGCCUGUGGGGCUGAAUUCAGCAUGAUAAUGGACUGCAAAGGAAACCUGUAUUCCUUUGGGUGCCCUGAAUAUGGACAGCUGGGACACAAUUCCGAUGGGAAGUUCAUCGCCCGUGCUCAGAGGAUAGAGUACGACUGUGAGCUGGUGCCCCGUCGCGUUGCCAUCUUCAUCGAAAAGACAAAAGAUGGGCAGAUCCUUCCUGUCCCUAACGUGGUCGUGCGAGAUGUGGCCUGCGGUGCUAACCACACGCUUGUUUUAGACUCCCAGAAGCGUGUGUUCUCCUGGGGCUUUGGUGGGUACGGCCGGCUGGGCCAUGCAGAGCAGAAGGACGAGAUGGUGCCACGGCUGGUCAAGCUCUUUGACUUCCCGGGCCGUGGGGCGGCUCAGAUCUACGCCGGCUACACCUGCUCCUUUGCUGUCAGCGAAACAGGUGGUCUGUUUUUCUGGGGAGCCACAAACACCUCCCGUGAGUCAACCAUGUACCCCAAAGCCGUGCAGGACCUCUGUGGCUGGAAAAUCCGCAGCUUGGCCUGUGGGAAGAGCAGUAUUAUAGUGGCUGCAGAUGAGAGCACAAUCAGCUGGGGCCCAUCUCCGACCUUCGGUGAACUGGGCUAUGGAGACCAUAAACCCAAGUCCUCUACUGCAGCCCAAGAGGUGAAAACCCUAGAUGGAAUUUAUCCAGAGCAGGUGGCGAUGGGCUAUGCCCAUUCUUUGGUGAUAGCCAGGGACGAAAGCGAAGUGGAGAAAGAGAAGCUAAAGAAGCUGCCCGAAUACAACCCACGCACCCUCUGAUAAGGCCAGGGCCCCGCGCCCCUGCCAUGGCAGCUGUCCUUUCCAAUGUGCACUGGGACCGAAAGAGAUUGCAGACCGGCAUCGAGAUCUGACCGAAGCUUUUUGUUAGACUUUCCGAGGUUCAAUUUUAUAAGCGAUUCGCAGUUUUAACUACCUGUUACUGUAUCAUUUCCAAAGUGUUCGGUUCUUUUAAACAUUUGACAUUUGCUCCUGGCUCACGAGCUCCCAUUCCGAUGAAAAUGGCAGGACCUUUUGGCAU